AUGGUUACGGCAGAAAUUGUAUAUCCUCUCGCAUUUCCAAAAAAUACCAGUUAUAAAUGUGAAAUCUGUGAUAAACCUGCUAAUCGUGUUUGUAAAAAAUGUCAUUGUACUUAUUAUUGCUCUGAAGAACAUCAAACUACCGACUGGAACGGUAUCCAUGAAAAAAUUUGUAAAAGUCUUGAAGACUUACGCAAAAAACAAGUAUUCUUAUUAUCUGAAGAAGAACGACGAGAAAAAGACCGAGAAACACGAGAAAGGAAAAUUAAUCUGAUGGAAAUGACUCGUAUGAUUGGCCAACGUCAUUUGUUUCAAGAAAGAUAUGAACAAGCUAUACCUGCUGCGUUAAGUAGCUUAAAAUUAGCUGUUGAUGUUUAUGGUCCGAAAAGUGUUGAUCUUAUUCCGUCCUAUUUGAUAUUAGCUGAAGCUAGUUUAGGCUUAAAGCAUUUAGGUCAGUGUUGGGAAUAUUUAUCUCAAGCUCAAUAUACAGUGUUACAAAAUCCCAAUCCUCCAUUAUACAUUACAUCAAAAUUAUACCGAAAUCUUGCUCAACUAAACAUCGCUCGAAAAGACUAUGAAGAAGCAUUAAGAAAUUUAGCUAAUGAUGUUUAUGAUGCAUCAACAUAUUACGGUACCGAACAUCACAAAGUUGCUGGUGGAUAUUUUCUGUUGGGCAAAGUAUUUAAAUUAUUGAAUAAAUUAGAAGUAACUGAUUCUCUCUACAAACAAGUUAGUGAUAUGUGGUAUACACAUUUACGAAAAUUGUUAGAAUCGAGAGUAGUUUGGACAGAUAUGGAUCAGAUUCUUGGAAAAAAAGAAGAAGAGGAAGUACCGUCAUCGGCAAAAUUAGAUUUAUCAACAGAAGCCGAAGCUCAUAUAACAUUACAAACUUUAUUGUCUUAUCGUCAAGAAACAUCAAUAAAACAACCUGAUCAACUUGAAUUAAAUAAAAUAAAUCAUGCUAUUUCAAUCUUACACUUUUUAUCAAGAGAUUAUACCAAGGUCACUGAAACAAUGAGCCGAAUAACGGACAAUCAGUUAACAGAAAUCGACGAAGAUCAAGCACUCAUGAUUAAAUUUUUAAAUCAAUUAGGUCAAAUGCGAGCAUUGAUGAAAAAACAACAAUCAAGUUUAUAG